CCGAACACACACGGCACACACUGCAUUUGAACACAUAACACACACAGAACGACAGCAUUCACACACUAACGGAUCCAUAUAUUGUCUGGAUGAAGACGUGGAUUUUUCUUUCACUCGCAGCUCUGUCUGCGGUGUGCACGGGACAGCAUGACUGCAGGCGCGGGGCGUGUUACCCUGCGAUGGGCGACCUGCUGCUGGGCAGAGAGCAGAGCCUGCGCUCCUCCUCCACAUGUGGUCUGAUGGGGUCUGAGGUGGUCUGCACUCCACACGGACAGUGGAAGAUGAAGUGUUGUCCGUGUGACUCUCGUAACCCGGCGGCCUAUAAUGCGCACACGAUCCAGAACGUGAUCUCCAGCGCCGGGCCCAACCGAUGGUGGCAGUCUAAGAAAGAUGUGAGUCCCGUGGCGCUGCAGCUGGAUUUAAAUGGAAUGUAUCACCUGGAAACCGUCUUACUCUCUUUUAAGGGCCCGAGGCCUGAUGCGCUGAUCGUCGAGAGGACGAGGGAUUUCGGUCGCUCUUGGCAGCCCGUCCUGUACAUGGCCACCAAUUGCCCAUCCACCUUUCCUCAGGUGAGCAAUUCGUUCCCUCGCACCCUCGAGGAAACGUACUGCUACACGCUGCCAUCCACCACCGACGACCCCUACAGGGACCAGAAGAUUCACUUUUAUCCUCUGCGUCAGUUCGCGGACAUCGAUCUGCCGAACGAAUACAAAAUCGAAGUGGCGUCUGGGUUCACGGGUGUGCGGAUCAAUCUGACCCAGCUGGGGUCGGUUCCCAGCAUGCCGGGCCGCAGUUUGAACCAGUUUUACGCCCUGCGAGAGAUGCGGGUGAUCGGAUCCUGCUUUUGCCACGGACACGCCAACCGCUGCAACGACCUGCCCAACACACAGGUGGGCGGUGUGUGUGAGUGUCAGCACAACACGGCUGGCGUGAACUGUGAGCGAUGUGACGACCUCCACAAUGACCUUCCCUGGAGACCCGCGGAGAAUGGAAACACACACACCUGCAAACGCUGUGAGUGUAAUAAUCACGCGGAUCGCUGUCACUUUGACGAGCAGCGUUACGAGGCGACAGGUCGCAGGAGCGGAGGAGUGUGUGACGACUGCACUCAUCACACCGCCGGACCCAACUGUGAGCACUGCGCUAACAACUACUACAGAAACCCUCUGAGCGACAUCAGGAGCCCCGACGCCUACAUAAAAUGCAUUGCGAGUGAGUUGUGUUUGUUUAAACACUCUUGCAGGUCUCAGCUGAAUGGUUUGACUGAGGAUCUGGCAUCGCAGCCGAGGGACGGUGAUAUUGAUCGCAGUCUGGACGACCUGCAGGCACUUCUGUCGUCUCUGCGUCUGGAAUAUUUCACCAAGAGAGACGCUUUCACUAACACCGCCGGAUCCAACAACGCCAGCACCUUCUACGCCAUCCAGAAGUCGUACGAAAAGUCGACGGACGCCGUCAAACGAGCCGACACUGCUAAAGAUACGCUGAAGAAGUCAGAGGGCCUGCGUGAAAACGCCUUGAGUGACCUGAGAGACGUGCAGCCCGGAAACACUAGAGACCUGGAGAAACUCAAGAAGGAUCUGGCAACCCGGCCGAAUCUGACGCUCACCGCAAACAAGGUGUGCGGCGGUGAUCGCGUGGAUUCCUGCACUCCGGAGCGCUGCGCUGGCGAUCUGUGUCCUCCUGACGGAGCGCCCCCUUGUGGAGCGGAGGAGCCUUGCGCCGGAGCGCUGCCCAACGCCAACAAAGCCUUCCAGGACGCUGACGAGGUGAAGGCCAAACUACAGGAUCUCAACAACAAGAUCACGCAAGCAGCUGCACAGAUACAGGAAGCUGAAGAUUCGGCCAAUAGGGUGAGACUGUCCACAGAUGAGCUGGCCAAUCAGAUCAAGCAGGUGCAAGCUGACAUGGAUGAAGACCUGAAGGACACCAAAGACUUCAUAAACAAUCUCAGAGACUUCCUGUCAGAGCCUCAUUCAGACCCGGAUGAGGUGCAGCGGGUGUGCGAGGCCGUUCUGGAUGCUCAGGUUCCUCUGAGCGUGGAGAAGCUGAAGCAGAAGCUGAAGGAGCUGCAGGAUCUGGCGUCUUCACUGCCAGACAGCAGCAGAGUCCUGGAGAACAGCAGAGAGCAGCUGGAGAACGCCAGACAGCUGCUGGAGGAGGCUAACAACACACGUGACGCUGCGUUCGGUAUCCAGCAGGACGCGGAGAGCAUCCUGAAGACGAUGGACGACAACGAGGAUAUUUUUGAUGAGCUGGAAGACAAGAUCCGUCAGAGCGUCGACAUCGCAAACAAUGUCAAGAACGACGUCAAACAGAUAGAGGACGCGCUGCUGCCCGCCGAGCAGGGGAUUGUGGGAGUCACAGGGCUGCUGGAUGAGAUGCGCCCCCUGCUGGACGACCUGAGGAAAGACGUGACGACGGGAACGACGCAUGCGAACGAAGCUCAGGAUCAGGCCGAUUCAGCGCAGGGCGAAGCCGAACAAGCGGCAGAGGAGCUGGAAGCACUGAAGAAGGAGUUUGAGCGAUUGAAGCGUGCGGCGGCUGAGAGCACUGAGGCGGGUGAAGACUCCACCCACUUACAGGUGCUGCAGAAGGAGGCGGAGUCUCUGAUGACGGACACCAGUGACAUCAUGCAGGCUCUGAAAGAUAAGGAGGCGUCGGUUCGUCAGGGAUCGGCGGAGCUGCAGCAGAACGCGGCGCGACUGACCGGUCUGGACGAUCAGGUGAAGAAACUCCGAGACGACAUCCGCUAUAAAGUCACCAGCCUGAGCAUAUGCCAGGGCUGAGGAGCACAACACACAUAAAGCAACUAAUAAAGUGUCUGCAUGAA